UAAUUUCUUUUCCUCCUGAUUGGCCCGUAUUGAUUACUUAUUUCAGAGUCACUGAGAGGACUAUUCCAGUCACUCUUUGUCUAAAGACCAAACUAAACGCUACGUAGAAACUACGAGAAAGCAGGUUAAAUCACCCAAAACCAUGAUGAACGUCGUGAUUCACUUCUACGUGGUCCUUGUUUUCGUUUGUGGUAGCCACGCCUUGCCAAAGAAAGAAAAGCUCAAUGACAGUAACCUGAAUACUUGUCUUUUUGACUGUGGACGCUGUGUGGGAAUCCUUGGGGAGGAUAAAUAUAAACGCGAUGCUUGUAUGGAAAAGUGCGAGGAAACGAAUGGAGCCAGCAGAGAUCCUGACUGUAAAAAUUCGGAUUUCGUGAAAGUUAAUAAGUUGGAUGCAUGCUUUAAUGCUUGUGCACACUGUACGUUUAUCCAUGGGAAGAGUGUUUAUAUAGGCGGUGCUUGCUUGAAAGAGUGUAGAAAAACGAAAGGAAAGAGCAUUGAUCCUGAAUGUAAAAAUCCAGAGUUCCUUAUGACUGAAGCAGAGAGGGAGUGUCUUGCUAGUUGUGAAGAGUGCAUGGACGUAGAUUACAUGUACGGAGUUUGCACGUCUCUUUGUAGGUCAACAAAAGGAGCCAGCAAUGAUCCUGAGUGUACAUCGCUCCUGAUGAAUUCCGGAAGCAAUCAAACUAAAGAGAAGGAUGAUUGUCUUUCUAGCUGUGAAAAAUGUAAUGACGAAAAUUACRUGUAUAAAGCUUGCAAGUAUCUGUGCAACUCAACAAAUGGAGCCAGCAAUGAUCCUAACUGUACGAAGUUCCAAAACAAAUCCGGGAAGUAAGAAUAAAUAACUCGAAAAUCAAAAAAACAUCGAUAAUUAUUCAGCUUUGGAUGAGAAUGAAUCAUAAAUCAAUAUAUUUAUUGUCAUACAAAGACUCUUUCAAUGUAGAAAAGAAUUAAUAAAGGCAGUCUAUCAC